UCACAUUAAUCUGUGCAUGUUAGAUAAUCCACAAUUAUCAAAUGUUCAGCACAGAUGAUUAACAGAGGGAGGGAGAGAGAAGAGGCGGAGGGAGAGAGCCACUGAACAUGUGAAAAAGAGAGCCACUCUGCAAAAGGAUUGCAUGUUGGUGUGUACAAGAGGAAAGACACUGCGAGAUGAUUGGUACACAGAAAUAGCUCAGCCAAUCAGAGGGAUGACAGGAAAAUAACAGGCUCAGAGAGAAAGAAAGCUUAGAGAGAGAGAAUAUCACUGACAUACAGAGGAAGAAGGCAACAAAAGUGGAUCAAAUUGGGAAGAGCAACUAUGCCUACAGAUAGAUUCGAUCAUAGUGAGAUUGUCUAGUAAUGGGUAGAGUGACAGAAGGGGAAAUCAACCGUUCUACAGUGGAUCAUUCAAGGAUGCUCGAAGGUGCAGAAUCAGCCUCUUGGGAGAUAAUGCUGUGAAGGCCCUGAGCAGAAAGGCUACACACAGCCAAACCAAAGCCAGCGAGCAACAGCACUGGGUGGAGGCCGUGAACGGAUUCAAACAAGUGCGGAAAAAAAAGACAACAUGAGGACAUCCAGGAAAGGAAGCGUGGAAAUGCCUGCUUUUGUAAGACAGCUGGUGAAGGAAACCGAGAAAAGGGUCACCUCCUUUUUUAAAGGGGGGCGAGGGGGAGGUGCGGGGGAGCUGUCCGAAGGCGAAGAGGGAGCAGAGGAGGAAGGGGUCAUCCCUAGCCCCUACUUAGAUCGACCGGUUCUGGACAAGCACAUGCAAGAGGGAUGUGCCUCCUGGGGACUUACCUACGCCCUGGCCAGCAUGCAGGGUUGGAGGGCCCACAUGGAGGAUUUCCACAACUGCUUCCCUCAGCUAGGAGGGGAACUGUCCCAUUGGGGGUUCUUCGCCGUGUUCGAUGGACACGCAGGAAGCGCGGUGGCCCAACACUGCUCCCGGAACCUGCUGGACCACAUCUUGGGCACAGGCAAGAUCCGAGCAGAUGACGACGUGGAAAGGGUCACUGAGGGUAUCAAGGAGGGCUUUUUUCUCAUGGACAAGCACCUUCAUGCCAUGGCCUGCCGCGAGGGUUGGGAACGUGGAGGGACCACUGUGGUUUCCACUGCUAUCACCCCGCACCACAUCUACUUCGUGAACUGCGGGGACUCUCGGGCCGUCUUGUGCCGUGCUGGGAGGGUUGCCUUCUCCACGGAGGACCACAAGCCCUUCAGCCCCGGUGAGAGGGAGAGGAUAGAGAGCGCUGGAGGAUCUGUGACUUUGCAGCGAGUGAAUGGCUCGCUGGCAGUCUCUCGGGCAUUGGGCGACUUCAGUUACAAGACAACCGAGUGGCGGUCGGUCACAGAACAGAUGGUCUCGCCCGAGCCGGAAGUGUCGGCUGUGGAGCGCUCGCCAGCAGAUGAGUUUCUGGUUCUGGCCUGCGAUGGUGUAUGGGACACUAUCAGUAAUGAAGAGCUCUGUGCCUUCGUACACAGCCGACUGCGUGUCUGCACUGACCUGAGAGAGGUCUGCUCCCAGGUCAUCGACCUCUGCCUCUAUAAGGGGAGUCUUGAUAACAUCAGCAUCAUUCUAGUCUGUUUCCCUGGCGCCCCCCAGCUGUCACCUGAAGCACUGCACCAGGAGGCUGAGCUGGAGGACUUUCUGGAGUCCAAAGUGGCUGAGAUAUUUGAAGAGCUGAGUGCAAGAGGCGAUGAGCCUGAUCUGCUGUCAGUUUUGACAGUUCUGGCUUCAGCAGUGAUACCUGGACUUCCACCAGGGGGCGGCCUUCAGAGCAAGCGGAACUGUAUAAUUUCUGCCUACUAUUAUCAGAAAGAGGCACGGCGAUCAAGAUUAGCCCAGGAAUUCCGUCCUACAGAUGCCAAUUAGAGUCUGUGUUUUAUAAAUGCUUAAUGGAUGUGCUAGAUUGAGGAAGAAGUAAAGGUGAUCUGUUUUCUGUCUUUCUGUCGUGAAAAAUGGAAGGGAUCUUCUUUUUGCACAGCAACACAAAUUUUACUUCCUUCUUUUUGUACGUUUCUAGAAUGACGAAACUUACAAAAAGUAAUGCUGUGCCACAAUGCAGGACAAUAAUGACUGUAUAUAACUUUGACUCUUUAGAUUGUGAUACGUUCAGUAUUUUCCUUACCAAAUGUAUUCAAUGAGUCUUACAGUCAACGAUACUCAGGUAAUGCGUGUAAGCAGUGAUGACAAACUUUUAAGAUUCUCUUCAUUAUAACUGGUCAUUUUUUUAAACCGAUAUAAAACGUCAAAACUUAAUAGUAUUAUUCUCUGGACUCUGAGGAAUAUUAAAUUAGCAAAAAAGAGUAUCAGUGAUGUAUUAAAGAAAUAAUUUACCCAAAAAUGAUUUACUUGCCUUUAGUGCUUACUCCUUUUAGAAGCAUGACAGCAUGUUUUGUUUUUUUCUUCAUUUUUGUGUAAACUAUUCCUUUAAUAAUUCAAAUAAGGAAAACGAGAAAUAAUGAGAUUUUAAGAAACAAAUUCUAUCAAAUAAAAUUCAAACAAGCACUUUUACAUUUUGCAUUAUAUACAAGCCCAUUAUGGUCAUCAUUUUUGAAUAGUUGUUUCCUGUAAAACUCUCUGUUUGCAUGAUCUGUACUGUGUUGCCUUACUGACCUCUUUGAAAUUAUUUCAACGUGUUCAUGUUACUGAGAUUUUCAUCAUGACUAGCAUAUGAACUGAUGCAGUGCUGUAUCAUGUUGUGUAAUAAUUUUUUGUGCACAUUUUACAGAUCUUGUGCAAUAUUUGUGCUAGCAUAAAGGUUGAGGAAAAAAAGAUAAUAAACAGAUCAUUCAUGGUA